AUGGGGCAAACCCAGAGUACCCCACUCUCCCUCCUCUUGGCUAAUUUCAGGGACGUUCGGGCGAGAGGCAAUGACCUGAGCCUGGAUAUCCGGAGAUCGAGACUCAUCACUUUUUGCCGCUCCAAAUGGCCAACCUAUGGGGUGGAAUGGCCCUCUGAAGGCACCUUCUGCCUACCCAUAAUCCUCAAGAUCAAGGCCCAAGUUCUCCUACCUGGGAAAGAGGGACACCCAGACCAAGCCCCCUACAUCCUGGUCUGGCAAGAUUUAGUGGAAAAUCCCCCUCCCUGGUUGGCCCACUUCCUGUCCUCAGGAAGUUGCAAGAUCCUUGCAGCCCGACCCACGGAACCCCCCAGACUUCGAAACCUGUCUGCGCCCCCUCCACCUGUCCUCCCUGAUAGCCAAGACUUAUUCAGUUUAGACCCACCCCCUUACCUACCUCCUCCCACGAGGCCCCAGGUUGCCCCCAUGCCAAUGGCCGCACCCGCUCCACCCCAAGCAGGAGCGGAGGGUUGA